AUGUAUGCUAUGCUCCAUAUCUUAGAGAUGCGUAUGGGUGUAGGUGUGGGUGGAAAUGGAAAUGGAAGCGGAAACGCUAAUGCCAAUGCUGGGCUGGCUGCGGGCGAGAGGUCCGGCUCCGCAGAUGAUGAUAGAGAGGUCGGUGUUACAGAAGUCAAGGAGGAGGAGGAGGAGGAGGAGGAGGAGGAAGGGCACUUUACUCAUGCAGCCAACUCCUCUCUUACUUCCAUCAACAGCGAGGAAUGGCAUGGUGGUUUAGUGGCUAUGAGCCGCUGGCCGCUUCCAAGUACACCUGUUUGA